CAACAUUUUUUGUUUCCGGCUAUUAUACUGAUCCUGUAAGUGUGAAAGAAUUAUAUGACCAGGGGCAUGAAAUAGCUUCUCACAGCAGAUCACAUAAAUAUCCAACAGAUUUCUGGUUGUAUGCUAGUUACAAUGAGUAUAAGGAAGAAAUAGUUGGUAUGCAAAAAUGGCUUAGUGAAAAGGCCAGUAUUCCAGCAGAAGAUAUUCGAGGAAUGCGCUCACCGUUUCUUUCAAUAGGGAAAGAUAACCAGUUCAAACUUUUGGAAGAUCAUGGAUUUUACUUCGAUAGUUCGAUGGUAGCAGGUUCAGUGUCUGAUACUACAGAAAUACCAACAUGGCCCUUUACACUUGAUUACCCGGUUAACAGGACAUAUUGUGCACUUAGAUACUGCCCAGAGAAAUCAUAUCCAGGUUUAUGGGAAGUCCCACUU